AUGACCAUUUUCAGACGCCAAGAGGAGCAAUCAUUGAACAAUAACAGCAUUCCGACUAGCAGACAAUUGAACGGCCAUCACCAUGAAGAUGAGAUUGACGUAAUGAGACCACCGAUAUCCCAUAUGCAUGGUUCAGAUGUGUCUGUUGAAUCGUCCAUGAAAAAUAGUCCGAAGGGCAAAGAACGUCAUCGAAAGCAUGAAUACAAAAUGAAAAGGGCAAAGGUGACAAAGAAGAAGAAACACCAACACCCUGAAAUCAAUUUGCCCUUGCCUGUGUUGGCAGUCGGUUUUCCAAAAGCAGGCACCUCUUCCAUUUUUAGUUUCUUUCAGCAGCAGAAGUUCCGUUCUCAACAUUGGUAUUGUUGCAAAUCGCAAAACGACCCGCAGAGAGGAGGCCCCUUUCUCAUGGCUGAUUGCCUUCUUCGAUACAUGGGAUCCGUUGCCUCUGAUGGUGAAGAAAAGAAUCAGACGAUGCUUCAAGAGUGUGGACACUUUGAUGUUUAUGCAGAAAUCAAUGGUCCUCGUUGCGAUGGUGACAAAGGAUGUCGAUUGGAAGACGGCAGCGUGGAUACGGGCAUCACAGGUCCGCGCAUCUUUCUUCCUCAGCACUUUAAUCUUCCAGAGUUGCACGAUUCGGCCCCAAAUAGUACUUGGAUUCUGAAUACUCGUCUUGUUUCGGAUUGGGUGGAAAGCGUCAUGAAUUGGAGUGAUUUGCAACACCAGUUUGCGAACGAGUACUAUUCACAGGGACGGAUCAAUGAGUUGCCAAAAAAUGCAGAAGAGAUGAAGGCUUUCCUGAAAGAGAUCUUUCUAAACCACACUGAUCAUGUCAAGGAAUUCGUCAGCCGGCACCCGAGUCAUGCAUUGAUUGAGAUCAACAUUACGGAAGGUGAUACGGCAGGGCAAGUUCUGGCAGAAUCGUUCGGAUUAGAUGCCUCUUAUUGGACCGCGAGAAACCAACGUUGGAGAAUAACCUGGCAGAAUUCGGUCAGAUUCUUUGGCGGGACUGCUGGGUGGCUCAUGUUCGCUGGUACCACAGCGUACAUGUGCAGCAUCAUUGGUCUCGCAAUGACUAUGCUAUAG